CAACAGUUCAAAAUCAACAACAAUAAAUACCUUACAUCCCCACAUCUCCUAAGCAAAAACAAAAGAAGCCAAAGAUUCAAUUAACCAAAAAUACUGGAGACACAGCACGUACGGUGACAAGAUGAAGACGCUGAUUUUCAAGUUUCUUCACAUCGUUUUGCUGCUGAUAUUCUGUGGCAGAUACACCAUAGCAGAAAAGAAAGCACAGCAAGCUAAAAAUACAUACAUAAUUCACAUGGACAAAUCCACCAUGCCAUCAAGUUUCAACGAUCACCUCCACUGGUAUGACUCAUCACUAAAAUCAGCAUCAGAAUCGGCAGAGAUUCUCUACACUUACAAACACGUAGCUCAUGGAUUCUCCACAAGGCUAACCAUCCAAGAAGCAGACACACUUGCAAAACAACCAGGAAUUCUCUCUGUUAUCCCUGAAGUUAAAUACGAGCUUCACACAACUCGAACACCAGAGUUUCUCGGGUUGGAAAAAGCUAGCACUCUUUUACCUGCAUCAGAGCAACAGAGCCAGGUGAUUAUAGGUAUACUCGACACUGGUAUAUGGCCUGAGCUAAAAAGCUUGGAUGACACAGGACUUGGACCAGUUCCUAGUUUCUGGAAAGGUGAGUGUGAAACUGGGAACAACAUGAAUUCAUCAAACUGUAACAGGAAACUUGUUGGUGCAAGGUUUUUCUCCAAAGGCUAUGAAGCUGCUCUUGGACCAAUUGAUGUUAACACAGAAUCAAAAUCAGCAAGGGAUGAUGAUGGCCAUGGAAGUCACACUUUAACUACUACAGCAGGUUCUGCAGUCACAGAAGCUAGCCUCUUUGGUUUAGCUUCUGGGACAGCAAGAGGAAUGGCUACACAAGCACGUGUUGCAGCUUACAAAGUGUGUUGGCUCGGUGGAUGCUUCACCUCUGACAUAGCUGCUGGAAUUGACAAAGCCAUAGAAGAUGGUGUCAAUAUCUUAUCCAUGUCAAUUGGUGGAAGUUUAAUGGAAUAUUACAGAGAUAUCAUUGCUAUUGGAGCUUUCACAGCUACAUCUCAUGGAAUUCUAGUAUCAACUUCAGCUGGGAAUGGUGGACCUAGUCAAGCAAGCCUGUCCAACGUAGCACCAUGGAUAACCACAGUGGGAGCUGGAACUAUAGACCGUAAUUUCCCUGCUUAUAUAAGCCUUGGAAGUGGGAAGACAUACACUGGAGCGUCACUUUACAGUGGCAAAACCUUGUUUGAUUCUCCACUUGUAUAUGCUGGAAACGUAAGCAACUCUUCCGUGGGGUAUCUUUGCUUAGAGGAUAGUCUGAUUCCAUCACAAGUUUCAGGCAAAAUCGUGAUAUGCGAAAGAGGUGGAAACCCCAGAGUGGAAAAGGGUCUCGUGGUUAAGAAAGCUGGAGGCAUUGGAAUGAUUCUAGCAAACAAUGAAGUGUAUGGAGAAGAGUUAGUUGCUGACCCUCAUCUCCUACCAGCAGCAUCUUUGGGACAAAAAUCAAGCGAAGCUUUAAAAAACUACGUUUUCUCUUCUCAAAAUCCCAGAGCUAAAAUUGCUUUCGGAGGGACAAAGUUAGAGGUUCAACCUUCGCCAGUGGUAGCAGGUUUCAGCUCAAGAGGACCAAAUUUUCUUACACCAAAGAUUCUCAAACCAGACAUAAUAGCUCCUGGGGUUAACAUUCUAGCCGGUUGGACCGGGGCAAUUGGACCAACCGGUUUAACCGUUGACACAAGGCAUGUGAAAUUCAACAUCAUUUCAGGUACAUCCAUGUCAUGUCCCCAUGUAAGCGGUUUGGCUGCAAUACUUAAGGGUGCUCACCCUCAAUGGAGCCCUGCUGCUAUAAGAUCUUCCCUCAUGACAACAGCAUACACGUCUUACAAAAAUGGACAAACCAUUCAAGAUGUUGCCACGGGUCAACCUGCUACACCGUUCGAUUUUGGUGCUGGACACGUGGAUCCAGUUGCUGCCCUUGACCCUGGUCUUGUCUAUGAUGCCAACGUUGAUGACUACCUCGGAUUCUUCUGUGCCUUGAACUACACUUCACUUGAAAUCAAACUUGCCGCGAGGAGAGAGUUCACAUGUGACUCGAGGAAGAAGUACAGAGUGGAAGAUUUCAAUUACCCGUCUUUUGCUGUUCCUUUGGAAACAGCUUCAGGUGUAGGAGGUGGUUCUGACGCGCCCAACACUAUCAAGUAUACGAGGGUUCUAACUAAUGUGGGAACUCCAGCAACGUAUAAAGCUUCAGUGUCAUCACAGUCUACCUCAGUGAAGAUUAUGGUUGAACCAGAAAUACUUAGUUUCACGGAACUGUAUGAGAAGAAGAGCUAUACGGUGUCGUUUACUCAUACUUCAAUGCCUUCUGGAACAAACAGCUUUGCUUAUCUGGAAUGGACGGAUGGAGAGCAUAAGGUUCGGAGUCCAAUUGCAUUCAGCUGGACAUGAUUAUGAUAUGUUGUUAUUGAUGGGUUGGGCUUACUCAAAAUACCAAACACGGCCUUGUGAAAGGGCUCACAUCAGGAUCACUUUUAAUGCUCUGUUUAUGGGCCCUGCAAUAGGACUAACAGAGCUUGUUAUUAUUAUGUAUCGCUUUGUUGUUGUUGUUUCUUUUUUUUUUAAAGCUCUUUUUGGGUCCUUAAAAAAAAAAUACAGACCUCACUUUCAUCUUUUAAAAAAAAAGUUAACUUUUUUUUUUGUAAGGGACGAAAGUGAGGUUCGUAUUUUUUAUUAAGGACCCAAAAAAACUUUACUCUUAUUUUAUUUUACUUUUGAGAAAAUGCUUUGUUGCUUUUUUUGUUAGGUUAAAGUUCGGGGGAACACUUGGUAAAGAAUAAUAAUUGUAAAUAAUAAAAACAAAAUAAUCACACGUAUUGUGUAAUAAUGUCUUUGAAUUGUUGAUUGAAUCUUUAGGAAUG